AAAAAAAAAAAAAAAUAAAAAAUAAAAAAUUCUUCUUUAUCCUAUGUCACCUUCUAUUGUGAACAACAAUAACGAGCAAGUACCUUCUGAUGCUGAUUUUGACUUACAGAGUUGGUUAAAAGAAAUCGAAGGUGCUGAAAACCUCAUGACAGAAGUAGAAGCAAAGGCAGAUAACUUACAAGCCAAAGUAGAUGCUCUUUUGAAAGAAGUGACUCAACCUUCUCCAUCUAUUCAAGACACUGCUGAAAAGGAACACAAAAAAAGCGAUUAAUUCGUCAUACUUGUAUGUAUACGCGUAUAUGUAUACCCUCUCUCUCUCUCUCUCUCUCUUUUAAAUAAAUCUUCUUUUCUCUUUUCUCUCUCUCUCUC